UGCAGGUACAGACGCAGGCCCAGGUGCAGCCCCGGGCCCAGGUGCAAGCCCAGGCCCAUGUGCAGGCCCACGUCCAGGCCCGCAUGCAGGCCCACGUGCAUGUACAGGUGCAGGCCUAGGUGCAGGCCCAAGUGUAGUGCCACACCAAGGCACACAUCGAUGGGACACCCAAGUGUUGGUUGCCGGAGGAUCAAGCCAUCCCGACUCCCUCGGCCUUCGCUUGGCGUAGCUGCAGGUCCAGGUGCAGGUGCAGAUGCAGGCCCAGAUGCAAGCCCAAGUGCAGGUCCAGGUGAAGGUGCAGAUGCAGGCCCAGGUGCAGGCGCAGGUCCCGGUGCAGGGCCAGGUGCAGGCCCAGACUCAGGUGCAGGCGCAGGUGCAGGUGCGGAUGCAGGGGCAGGGAUAGGCCUAGAUGCAAGCCCAGGUGCAGCUCCAGGUAAGGUUCCAAACGAUUCCGCAUUGAAAGGAGAAUGCGGCCGCUAUAUGACUGACAAUGAAGGCCUUCGGUGGACUCAGGACGAGUUGUUUGGGAUGUUGAAGAAGAAGGAGGCGGAAGUGACUGCACUGAGGAGUGCAUUCGCAAAAAUUGAGGUGAAUGCACGAUCAGUGCUUGAAAGUUUCUUGGAAAGGAAACGAAGUGAAGAGGUGAGAGAUUGGUGUUUGUCCGGUAGUGUGGAUGAGAACAAGGAGGAGAAUGUUGACGAGGACAUUGCCAGCCAACUUACGUCUUUAAUCCAAUCCUCGAUUAGAAAUGACUUGCUUGACAAAGUUGCUGAGCUUAGUACUAAUGUUGAUCCGCAUCUGUCCCAAGAGUCGGUUGAGAACACCGUGGCUAUUGUCGCGGGUGCUAACACGGUUGAGGCAUUCGACAUUAGUGUUCGAGAAUAUGCGCCGGCAGGAACAGGAAAGACUUUUUGCAUAGAAACAAUUUUGGCGGAGAUCAGGUCGCGUAAUGGUAUUGGACUCGCCGUGACGUCCAGUGGGAUAGCAACGACUCUUUUGACCGGUGGUCGAACAUUUCACUUGCGAUUUCGAGCACCUUUGAAACCUGAUAACACACGUCCCUUCAAUAUUCCAAAACAGAGUGAUAUUGCCGAACUUCUCCGCCGUGCCGACUUGAUCGUUUGGGAUGAAGCUCCAAUGAGCAACGAGUUCCACUUGGAACUUGAAGCUCUUGACAUUAUGUUUCGAGAUGUCUGUAACAGUAACCUCCCGUUUGGAGGAAAGGUUUUGCUUCUUUCUGGGGACUUUCGACAUGUUUAGGUUUUGCCCGUUGUGAAACAUGGGUCUCAAAUACAACAAAUUGAUGCCUCUAUC